CACAUAUUGAUGCUGAAGAAUCCGUUUUUUUUUUUUGGUUGGCGUUCCCUCCCUUGGCUUGCAGUGCAUGCAUAAUUUUCUUUUGGGGAAGCCCAACCGCUUCCUCUUCCACUUAUGAAAAAAGGGCAGAGAGCCGGAACUGCUUGCCUCUUCCACUACUUAUCUCUCAACUGAUACAAGGAAGUAGUAUCCGUUUAGUAUUGAGGAUAAUCGUCUUCUCUGUCACAAUCUCCUUCGUUUAACCACUCUCUCUCUUCUAUCCUCUGCCUUUCUCUUCAGUACAUCUCUCAUUUUGCUAUACAUAUUAUCUGAGCUCUAUUCGUAAGAGAAAGGAGAAACAGAGGAAGAAGAAGGUAUGAGUUGAAGGUUUGGACUUGAUAGACAACUAAUGUAGAAUUCCUUUUUGCUCUUCUUCUGAGUUUUAACUGCUUUAUGCAGGAAGAACCACGACCUGCAGUGGACUACUUUUUAUGUAACGAGAUAGCAAAUACAGUAAAGACUUUUUUGUGAGGAUGAGGCAGGUAAGUACCUCUAAAAAAGGUGUCAUCCAUGAAGAUCUUGCUCGAGUUCUGGCACAAGUUGAAGCUGAGCUUGACAAGUUUAAGGAUUUACCUGAUGGUGACACCAUUCUCUUUGAGAAAGCGAAAUGGAAGAUUCUUCUUAGUGAGAACUUUAGGACCUCAUUUAAGAAGCUGGACUCUUCUGAGAUGAAGAAGUUGGUGCUCAAUCUAUUGCUGAGGCUUUCCUUUGGGUUGAGGCCUAGAAAAAGAAAAAUAGAUAUAGUCUGUGAGAACUCAAAGCAGAUUCUCAAACAUUUCCGUGUUAGAGAUGUGUAUGUUUUAUGCUCAAUUGACAUCGUAAAGGACUCGGGCUUGUGUAACCAAGUCCUCAAGAUCUGGGAUAUAAUGCCGUUGGUGGACGUGCCGGUUUUGGUUAAGCGACUUGAUGCUAUCUACGCAUUGCACUCUGAGGAGUAUUUGAGUCGUUGUAAGGAAAAGUCCUUUGAAGGCUUUCUGGAGGUUCCCAAGAGUUGGGAUUGUGACGUUGCUCAUUACAAGAGCACUACUAAUGCCGAAACUGGAGGUCAUCACAGGGGCGAUGCAUUUUCUGAGAAUUACAGUAGUGAUAGUUUGAUGCUUAUGAAAUUCUAUUCUUUAUCUUCUGGCAUCAUCUGGCACUUGCUUUCUGGAUGUGAUGGUCAGGAAGUGGAUUUCCCAUUUGAGCUCUCAGACCAAGAGAAGGAAAUAGUUCAAUUUGGUAAGAGCUCCUUCGUACUUGGUAGGUCAGGCAGCGGGAAAACCACAGUGUUGGUUAUGAAGUUAUUUCAAAGGGAACAGCUUCAUCACAUUGCACUUCGAGGAUAUCAUGAGCAAAGUGAUGCAGUAGAAACGGAUGAACAAAAUGUGCUGAAACAACUGUUUGUGACAGUAAAUCCAAGGUUGUGCCACUUCGUCAAGCAGAAUAUUUCUCGCCUGAAAAGGUCCACUUGCGGAUGGAACCUGUCUGCUGAAAGCUGUGAAUUUGAUCUGGAGGAAAUUGAUGAGACAUUCCUUUCUUCGGACUUCCCAGAUUCUUUUGUUGAUAUUCCAUCAAGUUUCUUCCCCCUCGUUUUAACUUUUAAGAAAUUCUUACUAAUGCUCGACUGCACGAUGGGAGUCUCCUUUUUUGAUAGAUUUCCUGAAGCCAGGGCAUGUCAACCUGAGAAAAGGAAGAACUCUAAGUCCUUGACUUUGCAAACUUUUAUCAGGACAAGGGAGGUCAAUUAUGAGAAAUUUAGUUCAUCGUAUUGGCCCUACAUGAACGUGAAACUAACCAAGAGGGUUGAGCCAUUCCUUUGUUUCACUGAGAUAACUUCUCAUAUCAAGGGUGGAUUACUAGCUUUAGAGGCGGCUGGUGGUCAUUUGAGCCGUGAGGAUUAUCUAUCACAUUCUGAGCGUAGGUUAUCUUAUCUCACUGAGCAGGAAAGAUGCAGGAUAUAUGAUAUUUACCUUGAAUAUGAGAAGAGUAAAGUAAAAAAUGGUGAGUUUGAUUUGGCUGAUUUUGUCAGCGAUAUACAUGUCCGGCUCAGAGUGGAAGGGUAUAAUUUUGCUGAAAUGGACUUUGUAUACAUUGAUGAAAUUCAAGAUUUAACAAUGAAGCAAAUUGCUGUUUUCAAGCAUGUUUGCAGAAACUACGAGGAGGGUUUUCUCUUCGCCGGAGAUACUGCUCAGGCGAUUUCAAAAGGAGUUGAGUUCAGAUUCAAGGAUAUAAGGUCCCUGUUCUAUAAAACCUUCGCAAUGGAUUCCGGUCGUUUUGGAAGUACCAGCACCAAUACAAAGCGAGAAAUCUCUGAUGUUUUACAUUUGAGUCAGAACUUUCGAACACAUGCUGGGGUUCUUAGGCUAGCUCAAAGUGUUAUUGAUCUGAUAUACCAUUUCUUCCCUAAUUCCAUUGACGAAUUGAACCCUGAAACCAGUCAUGUGAAUGGGGUAAGACCUGUUCUGCUUAAGUCUGUGGACAAUAGGAGCGUAUUCAAGUCGAUGUCUGAGGUCCUUUUUGCUGGGCAGAAGAAAAGUGUUGAGUUUGGGGCUGAACAGGUGGUACUUGUUAGAAAUGAAGAAGUCAAGAAUGAUGUUCUUGGUCAAGUGGGGUGCUGUGCACUUGUUUUGACAAUAUUGGAGUGCAAAGGCUUAGAGUUUGAGGAUGUUCUGCUCUACAACUUUUUUGGUUCCUCGCCCGUCGUAGAUCAAUGGGAGUUACUCCAUGGAUACAUGAGGACACUGAACAUUUCAUCACCUCAUGAUGAAUGUCAUUUUCGGCACUUCAGUGAUGAGAAGCUGAAGUUAUUGUGUCAUGAGCUGAAGCUACUAUAUGUAGCUAUAACUCGCACAAGGCAAAGGUUCUGGAUAUUUGAUGAAAGCUGGAGCCCAAUGCUGGAAUUGUGGAAGUGUAAGGGGAUCGUCCAGCUUCAGCACUUGGAUAAUGAAUUUUUAGCAUCGAUGCGAGUUCCUUCAACUCCAGAGGCAUGGAAGAAGCGCGGAAGGAAGUUCCUUCAUGUACAGAACUAUGAAAUGGCAAGAAUCUGCUUCAAGAAUGCAGCUGAACCAUACUGGGAAACAUAUUGUCAAGCUUCCGAGUUGAGAGCCAAGGCUGAUCGAUUGAGGAUUUUGAAUCCUCAAAUUUCCCAACAUCAUCUGUUUGAAGCUGCUGAACUAUUUGACUCAAUUGGAAAGGAUGAAUCUGCAGCCCAAUGCUACUUCGAGUUGGAAGAAUACAAAAAAGCAGGUGAAAUUUUCUUGGCGUCCUCAAAACUAGAGGAAGCAGGUGAAUGCUUCCAUCUUGCAAGGUCUUACGAAAAAGCUGCAGCAGUCUAUUCUAAGUGCAACUCAUAUGGUAAGUGCUUAUCUGCAUGCCUGGACGGCAGAUUAUUUGAAACUGGAUAUGACUACAUUCAACGCUGGAGGAAGGAUAAAACUUUCGAUAGUGUGGAAUUCGAGAGAUUCUUAGAGAAAGGUGCAGUUCAUUUUCGUAGGGUGGAAGACUAUGAAACCAUGAUGAUGUUUGUUGGAGCUUUCACUUCCAAUGACCUAAUGCGCACAUUUUUAGUGGUCAGAAAUGAACUUGAUUGUCUUCUCGAUUUGGAGGAGGAAUGGGGCAACCAUCCCGAAGCAGCGAAUAUUGCAGGGCAAUUAGGUCUUGUCACAGUAUCAGCGGAUCAUCUUAAGAGUCUAGGAAAAUACCUAGAAGCUUGCCAUGCUGUUCUGCGUCAUGUACUUGGUGAGUCACUUUGGGGAGAUGGAAAUAACGGUUGGCCGAUCAAAGAUUUCAAGGGCAAGAAGCAGUUAUUGGGCCAAGCUAAAACCUGUGCUGAGCAUGUUUCAGAAGCUUACGUGGGAUUUGUUCGUGAAGAGGCGGCCUUUUUAUCCUGUGAAAACAGUAAUAGCUUGUCACUGCUGAGAAAUCGUUUUGAAUUUUUUCAGGGGCAUGGCAGCUUACGAAAUGAAAUUCUUUGUGCUAGAAAGAUUAUUGAUGUGUUAUCCCACGAUGUUUUGGUUGCUGACAUAGUGAACUAUACCAGAUAUGGCCGCCCGUGGCAAAUGCUUUCUUUCCGGGAUCUGGUGUUCUAUUGGAAGUCGUGGAAGGGGAGCAUGGGCCAAAUUAUUUCCCACUGUAAAAAAGACGGUAGUUCUUAUAAUGAGUUUUGUCUGGAUUACCUAGGUGUUAGGGAGCUACUGAGUGGCAGCUUAUCUCGAUACCAUGUUCUUUAUCCUGAUGCACCAUGGUUGAGUGGUUCUGUCAUCUCCAGAAGCUUUCAGAACCAAAAGAAACGAGUUAUUAUUGACAGUCGCACAUUCUGGAGAGCUGCUAAAGCCUACUGGUCUUCUGAAAUUCGUGUGGUUGGUUCAGAGGUGCUGCAAAGACUUGAAACUGUAUAUGAGUAUUGUGUCCAGAAUCGUCUGUCGAUAUACUGCAGAAGCAUGCUACUAGUACAUAUGCUCGAUCUUUCCAGUCUCUUUCCACCCAAACUCACAGACAUGGCAAGAAGGUUUGCUGAGCAUUAUAUAGAGAAUGUACUGAACAUUCAUUUUCUUGAGUGGCAUGAUUCAUGGAGGAAUGAUAUGAUCAACACAAGAGGGGUAGAAGAAUUCAGAGUCCCAUUGGAGGAAAUCAUGCAUCUUUACUUGGAAAAUUCUCUCACAACAUGUCGUAUUGCAGAGGUUACAACAAUUGCCCUCUCGACAAAGCUGUCUCGUCCGAAUCUAGAGAUGCUUCUCAUUAACUUGAAGGAAAAGGCAGUUGGCUCAUUGCACGUUGAUCAAAUUGUGGGACCUCUGGAAGUUGGAAUUAUGCCCGAGGUAGAUGAAAUCGUAGCAGAGCAGUGUAUGGUUUGGAAACUGCAGCAAACAGUUCUACGCAUGUACUACAACAUGUUUGAAAAUGCAGAAGAGACCCUGUCUCCAAGUUGUCUAGUGUAUCUGCUAGACCGAUUGCUAAUGAUGACAUUGGCUUGGAACGGCUGUUUCUACGCUCCAAGAUCUUCUGUGGUUGAAUGGCUGAUGUACAACAGAUGGAAGAAUCCCUCCUCAACAUCCAUUAUUGCCGAAGAAACCCAGCCUACUGUGGAUGCAGCUACAGGACUGGUAUCCUGCAUAGUCAAAGACCUCUUUAACAAUGAGGUUCUAGUCUUGGAAUGCCAUCCAGCAGUGGUGCUAAGGCUGGUGGUCCUAGUCGGCAUGCUUAGCAUCAACACUGGCAAGAGUUGCGAUCUGGUUCCCCGCAUCUUGGGAAAAAUAGGUAUUACUUCAAUGUUACCUUCAGAGUUUUACAACCGUUUGAGCUCCUUGUGGAAUCGCGAGGAAGCAAGCCAUGGAGGUGUUGAAGCUUUUUCGGACGCACUACAUUUGGUUGGCAACCCUCUUGUAUGUGUGGACUUGAAGGGAAGCGGAUGCCCCAAAUCUAAACCCUCGAGUGCCAUUUUCUUGGACAUGAAAAAGCUGUGUGAUCAGAAGCAAGAAAUUUUAAUGACGCUCAGCCCAAGGAGAAACAAGGCAGCAUCAAGUAGCAGACGAGGAAAGGAAUGAAUUCGAAGCAGUAGGGUAGAGGUUCAUGCUGCUGUUCUUUUGUGAAACAAACGUUAUCUGAAGAACGUUACAAAGUUAAUGGACUUUUACAUUAUGUUUGUUAAUUGUUCUCUGCUUGAAUGUGAAUAUGCAGCUAGCGUAUGCUCAAUGACGAUGAGGAACAGGACUAAAAACAGCCGGCCCAGGUAAUUAGUCACGUGGUAUUAGUGUGAUAUUUCUGGUGGCACAGAAAUAGAAUAGCUGAGAUGAGAGUCGAACGAUGCAUAUACAGAGAGAUCGCCCACCAAAUUGAGCACCUUUUUAUUGUGCUCAUUGCAAGAGAGAGUUGUAUCCAUCGAAGCAAGCUAAGGAAGGCAACAUGGAUUGGUAGUAUAAGACAGGCAAAAACCAGAUGAAUAGAUACGUACGUCGGUAACCAUACCCUCUUCGCCGGUUGCAUACACAAACAGAACUCACACCUGGCUGCAGCCGGGACUUCUCCGUGAAUGAUAAUCCGGCCAGCAAAAACACAAGCAAUGCCCUUGGGCAUGGGCACAGGCUCUUUCCUUUCCUAUAAUCCACCCAAAUGAUGAUUAAUAAUAUAUAUUAGAUUAGGUGUCUACACACUGUUGUCGCCUCUGUAGACUUUGAAGCUCAUGUCCUAUAUAUAUAUACUAGUUCUUAUUUGCCCGCGCUCCGCGCUGGGACAUGAGACAUCAAAAUAUACAUAGUGAUGUAGAAAAAAAUAUUCUGCAUUAUGAAUAUCAAAAUUCACAACAAACACCUGCAUAUAUCAUAGAUAAAAUGUUGGUCACUUUAACAUCACAACGAUUACUUUCAAAACCCAUUCAAAUAGAGUGAGUCCUGUUUAUUUGACAGACUGGCAACUAAAGUAAACAAAAAUGGAAUCUAUAAGUGAAAAUACAACACCCGUGCAAAUAGAGUGAGUCCUGAUUUAUAGGUUGUGUUUUACAUUGAUUUAAAGGUAACGCAAACUAAAGCUAACUUGAUAACAGAAAGGAAUUGUAUAUGGUAAUUAUCCGAAGCAACAAAAUUGUCCUUGGCAUUUUCUUAGAGAAAGAAAAAUAAAAAUGGAUAAGAUUCGAUUGACCACAAUGCAAAACGAUACAUUGGUUCACCCAUGUUUCAUUGGUCGUGCUAAAGAAUGGCCAUGGUUUCAUCAACGCAAACGCUUAAGAUAAACCCAAGAAAUAAAAUAAAAAGUAACUUUGGGAAUUCCUCAAACAUUAUCUAGCACAUCAUAUAUUAGAGAAAAAAUUAUAUCGUUACAGCACCAUUACAACUCAGCGUAUGACAAUUUGUAUAAAAAAUACAUAUUAGCAGCACUAAAUAUGCCCUGGAUAA